AUGACUGAGCUCGACUUAAGCAUUCUUGAAAAGGUCAAGAAACGUCUUCAAGGCCCAGGGGAUACUCAGGAGCUUCCCCAGCCUGAACCAUUUACCGUUGACGAUGCUACUCAAGUCAUUCCAAGAGAACCGCAAUCCCAAGGGGACUCUGCUACCCAAGAAGUUGGAGAAUUACCUGAUUUCGGCCAGUCAUUGCUUUUCUCCCAGCCAACCCAAAAGAUCCAAAAGACUCAGAAGAUUCAACCAGUCACUCAAGCUAUUAAACUCCCUCAGUUGGGGAUAGAGGACGUGGAGGUCUUGAAUCCACUGGCAUCGACUCAGGUCAUUCCUAAGCCUAUUGAACACGAUAAUCAAGCAGAGGAGCUCGAGGCAGAGAUCACAAAAUCAUCUCUCACAGACGAAGAAAAUGACCUAGCCGCUGACGAUGCUGAUACCACUAAGGAUUCUUCUAUCCAGAAGACUGUAACCACCAAGGCUGAGAUGGAACAAAUCCAAAAGGGCCUUAGUGAAGAAAAGAGAUUGAGAUCUAUCAAACCAUCCUUCGUGAAGCGUGCCAUUGACCCCGUUCAGAGGUUGGUAGCAGCCUUUGAAUCCGAGUCUGAAGACGAGACUGCUAAGGUCCUCAGCGAUCAUCAGAUGCCUAAGCUGAGUCCAACUACAUCACCAGUGAAGGUGAGUACGGCUGGGAAAGUUGAUCUUUCGGAUUCUGAUGACGAUUUUGACGUCGAAACAACUAACGUGCUUGAUUUUAUUCUGAAUCCGCCUCCGCCACGACUGCCUGUUAUGAAAAUCAAGAACACCAACCCAAUGGAAACAUAUGCUAUGAAUCUCAAACGCCAAAUCCUUUCUUCUCCAACGCGGCAAAAUGAAGAAAACCCUUCGAUAGAUCUCGAUGAUUCCGCUGAUGAAACUACCGAGGAGAAGGCAAAAGCGAUCCCCGAACUCACCAAAGCCCAAAAGCUCACGAUCAAGCAGAAGUUUGCCAAGAAGAAGCUUGAAAGCACGAAGAAAGCCAUAUUUUCUCAGUUUCAGCAUUUGCAUGGUACUAAAAACUCAAACAAACUCUUUCAAGAACUCAAGAAAGCCAAUGCUAAGCAACUUAAUGAACUCAGGCGUGAAAAUGGUGACGCAGAGUUGAUUGAAGAGAUUGAAAAGGAAGAAGAAGAGAUGGGUACCUUAUUAGAGCGUGAAAUAGAGCGUGUCCGCCGUAUCAGAAAGAAAGAAAAACUAAAGGAGAGGGCUGCUAAAGCUCUUUUGACAGGCAAAGCUCCCGAAGGAAGCGAGGAUGAAGAUGACGGAGACUACAGAGAGGGACUGGAAGAGGGAGAGGAUGUACCUGACAGCGAUGUGGAUCUUGACGAGUCGGACUAUGGGCUGGAUGUGGAUAACGAGGAGCCUGCUGAUCACAACGAUGUUAUCAACAGAAGAAAGAGAGUCAUUCUUUCGGACGACGAAGCCGAAGAUGACAGUGGUGCUGCUCCCAUGACCUCAAAACAGGCAACUGAAGAGCGCGAGAGAAGGUUUGAUGACAGUUAUAUGUUUGGUGGACAAGGCAGUGGUUCUAAUCCCGAGUCCGAAGAAGAGGAUGAAGAGAUCAUGCAUGUCAAGAGCGAUAAUACUCCCCAUUCUCAACCAGGUCAACAGUUUCACGAUAUUUUGGAUGAUACAGAGAAGGGUCUGGGACCUUACAAGCUCUUCCAAAAUCUUGCGCCCGGUAACACCAACUCGCAAGCCACUGGAGAGGCUUCUUUCCUUCAAGAUGAUUCGCUUGAUAAAAGCAUAGAAGUACCAUCGUUUCAGGAUAUUCCUCCUACCCAGCUGAUGUUAGAAUCUGUUAGCAAUUUGCCUACUCAAGCAGAUGUGUCUCCUACCCAGAUGGUCGCAUCCACUCAGAACGAUGACUUGUACUCUGAUACAGAGGAGGAUUACCCUGCCGCUGUUUCCAGAGGCCGCAAUCAGGUUCAAAGUCAACUCAAGCCAGUUGCUGAAAGCGAGGAGGAAAACGAAGAGGACCCGAAGGAAAAUGAAGAAGAACUUAAAAAGCGUCUAGCCUUUUAUGAAGCCAAAAUUUGCCGGAAAGAGCUUAAGGCACGUCGCAAGAGAAAAGAAAUGGAAAGAAAAGGAAUUAAAGGCAUCGUUGAGGGAGAAGCCGAGGAAUCUGAAGAUGAGUGGAAGGGGAUUGGUGGUCUUGAUCAGGAGGACAGUGACCAAGCAAAUUCUGAGGAUGAAAGAAUGAUCGAUAAUACACUCAAUCUUGAUUUGAAUGAUGAAGAGAUCAGGAAGAAGUUCAUGGAAGAAUACCACAUCAAAGAUAAAAAAGAUUUGGAGAAAUUAAUGGAUGAUAUAAAGAACCACAGACUCACGAAGCGGGCUCGUGGAAAUGGCUUUGAUAUUGAAUUGAGUGAUGAGGAAGACGAGUUGUUGAUGGCUUACAGACGUCAAAAGCUCGACGAACAAAAGCAGAGACUUAUGGAGAACCAAAAGCUUCAGAAGUUGGCGAAGAAUGAUCGAGCAAAAGCUUUUUUCGAAUCUAUUCAAGACGAAGCUUUGUCUGUUGCUCUAGAUGAAGAUUCAGAUGAGGAAGAAACUCAGCCGUCUACCCAAGCUGAUACCGAGAAAGGUAACAGUCAGGCUACUGAGGAAGAUGAAGAGGAGUCACAACCUAGGAAAAGAAUUCUACAUCUCGAAGAAUCUUUCGUCCAAAAGAAGCUCUCCUUUCUUACAAGAAAUGAUGAAGAUGAUUACAACAGUAUUCAAGAAGUGUCUCGUCUUCAGCAUGGUAUCCAUUCAGACGACGAGGUCGAGGAUAUACGCAUACUCAAAGACAGAAGUAUGAUGAACUUGUUCAAGCUGGCCACUCCUGAACUCGUUGAUGAUGAGAGCCGGGCUCCAAAGAGACUGAUCGAUGAGAUCGCCACAGACGAAGACGAAGAUGGCAAUGAAGCUAAUGAUAGUGAUGACGAAAUGUCUCAGGUUUUCAAAAAGCCCUCCGUUGUGAGUCUGUUCAGGUCAUUCAACGAGAAACGAGGAGUGCAAGUUUCCAGCAACUACUUCUCAGGAGUGACUGUAAACAAGCAGUACAAGAUGGCCGGCGAUGCAAAGGCAUCCAUCUCAUACAUGUCUAAAGCCAGCAAAACUAAUUCUAAGACGAAAUCAACCAUGAAAAGCAACAAGGCGAUGAUGAUCGAACAAGGCAUUAAGGAAGUGAAGCAAAAGAACUCUUCCAGUAAGAUCUUCAACUCGAAUUCUGCAUUUGAUUAA